AUGAAGUUACUGUAUCUACAAACUGUGCUGCAAGGCUUCGACGUGGACUACAACCCGCAACUGACGUUACUCGAAAUGCCGGAAUUGACCACUGCCGUUCGUGUCUCAAUACGGCACAACCCGUUGCUGACAGGGCCCCUCUACUUUGAUAAGCUCACCGAUGCCAGCAUCCUAAUCGAUGGCAAUGAGAAACUGGAAGGCGGGUUGGACUUCCCAGUGCUUACGACGUGUAUUGUGUUACUGGUGCACAGCUGUCCCGUGACAAGUGUAUCGGCCAACAGUCUUGCGCUCAUGACCGAGUCCAGUAUGGAGUACAACAGAGUAUCCCUUAUGCUGGAAUAUGUACUGUUGCAGAGUGACACAACCAGCAAUUCGCUGAUCUCGAUCAAAGACACAAUGGUGACGCAAGUGGCGUUUCAUAGUCUCCUGAGUGGCAGUGAUAUCAUUUUAGAAGGCAACAAGCUCUUGGACCAGCUUCAGUUUACGCAGUUGGUGAGUCUCACAGGGCAGCUCACGGUGGGCGACUGUAACCACUCGACGCUGUAUCUGCCAGCGCUGUACUACGCCUCUAAUAUCACCGUCUUGCGCAAUGUUCACAUUGAGAAUAUCACGUUUCCAGCCCUUGCUCCAUCCCACACUUACAGAGCUCGCCGCCUUGAAGUCUCUAACUGUCGUAGGCAACCCAAAGCUGACAAACUUGUACCUACCCAAACUAACAUUCUUUGAGGGGGAAUCGUACGACGUGAUAGUAAUCAUGAACGAUAAUCUCUGCUUGGACGAGUCCAUGUUUGACGGUUUCACCAACGGCUCGUGUGUGGUUGCCAAUCAGGAAAUUUACAAUUCAAUAAUUAUUGACACGCUUUUGCCGAGUAAUUCAACUUUUGCGCCGGAUUGCGGCGGGGUGUGUUGUGAUAUGUCGAUUGUAUCGAAUAUUACGAACAUAUGCGAACUGGGAGAUACAGAUAAUCUGAAGCAAUGAUUUUUUCAGUAAGGAAAAGGGUGGUGGGUGGAGAGGGGGAGAGUAGGAGAUGGUGACCGAUGUAGUGAUGGCAUAAUGAAAUAUGAGUACGUAUUUGCAAAGACGAUAUGUAACACUCAAGUAAUAUAAAUUAGUUAAUAAAUAAAUUCUAACCCCUA